CUAUCGAUCGUCUUUAAUAGUGCUUACACACACAUACGAAUCUCACUUGGUAUGAGGGACUUGAUGUCCUGUAACUGCCUGUAACCAUCCCUGUCGCACCUAACACUGGUUCUUCAACUUUUCUCUUAUUGUCGUACGUCGUGCGGGCCAUCGACCACCUUCAAAAUGUUCUCUAAUCGUAUGACAAUGAUCGUGCGACUUGCUGCACAGCAGCAGCAGCAGCAGCAGCAACAACAACGUGGCAUGGCAACCCUUAAAGCCAUUUCCAUAAGAUUAAAGUCAGUUAAAAAUAUUCAAAAGAUUACCCAAUCUAUGAAAAUGGUGUCUGCUGCUAAAUAUAGUAGAGCAGAACGUGAUUUAAAACAAGCUCGUCCGAUGGGUGUUGGUACAAAAACGUUUUACGAACAAGCAGAAAUUCAGCCACCAGCGGAUGAACCAAAAAAGCUAGUUAUAGCGGUAACAAGCGACCGUGGUUUGUGUGGUGCUGUACACACUGGAGUUUCCCGUAACAUUAGGGAUUCUCUAUUAGCAGAUGCCACAGAGCGUGAAAACACAAAAAUUGUAUGCAUCGGUGAAAAAUCACGAGCAAUUUUAUCGCGCAUGUUUGCCAGUAAUAUACUUUUUGUUGCAUCUGAAGUUGGUCGAAAGCCGCCCACGUUUAAUGAUGCUGCUAAAGUGGCAACUGAAGUUAUGAACAGCGGGUACAGCUUUGGCUCUGGACGCAUUGUCUACAAUCGAUUCAAAUCAGUAGUGUCGUAUGCUGUUGAUCAAUUGCCUCUUUUUGAUAAAAAUGCUGUGGUCACUGCACCUAAACUGUCUGUAUAUGACUCUCUUGACGAAGAAGUCAUUCAAAGUUACCUAGAAUUCUCCCUGGCUUCUUCGCUGUUCUAUUCUAUGAAAGAAGGUGCCUGCAGUGAACAGUCCAGUCGUAUGACAGCCAUGGACAAUGCCAGCAAGAAUGCAGGAGAAAUGAUAGACAAGUUAACUCUAACAUUCAACCGUACCCGACAAGCUGUAAUUACUAGAGAACUAAUUGAAAUUAUUUCUGGUGCUGCUGCAUUGGAUUAAACAUCUGAAAUUUGUCAUACGAUUGGUACACAAUAGUGUUGGAAUAUAGAUAAGAAGGAUGGUUAUCGCAUGAAAAUCAGCUGCAUAAUUCGUUUAAAAACAUAAGCUCGAAUUUAUGUUGAAACGAAUUUGUUGCAGAUGAUUGAAUGUUUAAAAAUACAGCAAUUAUAAAUCACAAGAUCGAAAUAAAUCAUUCAAAACUUUACAGGACUGAUGUAUUUGUUAAUUAAAACUAUGGUUAACUGCCAAAUUAAAUAAAUAAUUCUAUUUACUUUUA